ACGGUCACUGUCUUUCAACGUCUCAGUGAGUCUACCAAAAUUCCGACAUUCCCUGAAAGCAGCAAACACUAGCUAGCUAGCUAGCCAGCGGGCUAGAUUAGCAUAGUGCUAACAACAGAAUGGGCUUGCAACUGCUUGAAAGGACCGGUGACCUCUGUUUGGCUUCCAUGCUCUGAAAGCAUCUUGUUUCUCUAUCGCCGGUAUUAAAAUGGAUGUCAGUGAAUGUGUUUUAUCGGCAGGCAGGGCCGUGCUGGACAUGGUGGAGCGGGAGUGGCAGCCUCUGUCUGCGGGCGAGCUGGAGCACAGGCUGGACCAGGCAGUGGAAGAGAUCCUGGAGUCACAGCUCCUGGCAAAACUGGAAAAGCAGUCCCAUCGUCGCCCUCCUCCUCCUCCUACCAAUACUAUUUACGUACAGUUACUACAGAAUCAGGUGGGGCCCCAAGUUUUACACACAGCAACAACAUCCAGUCCAUCCGAGCAGGAGGAAGAGAAAGAGGAGGAGGCUGCAGAGUCCCAGGGUGAUACUGUGGAUAAUCCAGCGAUCAAGUACAUUUCAGACCUACUUCAAAGCUCCAAAUCAAGGACACGAAUGGCUGGACGGGCUCGCUUAUCAAUGUCCCACACUGUCCUCCUGUCUCUCACACUGCUGUCCGAGCGAGUCAGCUACCGCACUGUGUCCCGCCGCUUCCAGCUGGAGAAGGGAAACAUCCACAGGAUCUUCUUCUCUUUCUGCCAGCGCAUAAACAUGCUGGAAGAGAGGCACAUCAAAUGGCCAGCUGGGAAAGAGGCUGUAGAGGCACUUUUCCCAUUCUCCAAUCUAAUUGGAAAAAAGGAACUAGAAGGAGGACAAGGUGUUCCUCAGGUUCUGGGAGUGUUGGGACACACCCGGAUCCCUAUCCGCCUGCCUAUAGGGAAACAUGAUGUGGAGAGCACUGUACCUGAGGUGAAGAGAAUGAAGAUGGAGGCCCCUCCUGACUCUUGGUUAAACCUUGAGCUUGUGUGUGACAUUAGAGGCCGGUUCUUGCACUGCAGAAUCAGUAAAGGAUCUCAUGUGGACAGAGGUCGUGCUCUAAGAGACAAACUCAAACAGAACCCUGAGCUAAUGCCUUCCAGCUCCUGCCUUGUGGCCAGAGCUGGCUACCCACUUACUGAUCAGAUUUUAACCCCGUACACAGGAAGUCAGGGACCAAGAGAGGCGCUCUUUAACAAGACGCUGGAGGAGCAUUUUCAGAUCCUAGAUCAGGCCAUUGCCGAUCUGAGAGCCAGGUUUCGGAGGCUCACGUAUCUGGAUAUUGGAAACUAUGACCGAGCCAGAGCUGUUGUGCUGACUGCCUGUGUGUUGCAUAAUGUGUUUCUGGACCUAGGACAGGCGGUUCAAGGGGAGAAGGAGGAAGCCACACCCCAAGAUGAAGAGGGGGAGGUGGAUGACGAGGGUGUAUGCAGACGUGACUCGAUUACAGAUUUGCUGUUUAAAAGCUUUAAUCAUGGAAACGCGUGA